ACACCAAACUGUAGAACCACACCAAACUGUAGAACCACACCAAACUGCAGAACCACACCAAACUGUACUGUAGAACCACACCAAACUGUAGAACCACACCAAACUGUACUGUAGAACCACACCAAACUGUGGUGUAGAACCACACCAAACUGUAGAACCACACCAAACUGUAGAACCACACCAAACUGUACUGUAGAACCACACCAAACUGUAGAACCACACCAAACUGUACUGUAGAACCACACCAAACUGCAGAACCACACCAAACUGUACUGUAGAACCACACCAAACUGUAGAACCACACCAAACUGUAGAACCACACCAAACUGUACUGUAGAACCACACCAAACUGUAGAACCACACCAAACUGUAGAACCACACCAAACUGUAGAACCACACCAAACUGUACUGUAGAACCACACCAAACUGUAGAACCACACCAAACUGUACUGUAGAACCACACCAAACUGUAGAACCACACCAAACUGUGGUGUAGAACCACACCAAACUGUGGUGUAGAACCACACCAAACUGUGCUGUAGAACCACACCAAACUGUGGUGUAGAACCACACCAAACUGUGCUGAAGAACCUCACCAAACUGUAGAACCACACCAAACUGUACUGUAGAACCACACCAAACUUCAUUGUGGAACGACACCAAACUGUACUGUGGAACCACACCAAACUCUCCUGUAGAACCACACCAAACUCUAGAACCACACCAAACUGUACUGUAGAACCACAACAAAAUGUAGAACCACACCAAACUGUGCUGUAGAACCACACCAAACUGUACUGUAGAACCACACCAAACUUCAUUGUGGAACGACACCAAACUGUACUGUGGAACCACACCAAACUCUAGAACCAUACCAAACUGUACUGUAGAACCACACCAAACUGUAGAACCAAACCAAACUGUGCUGUAGAACCACACCAAACUGCAGGACCACACCAAACUGUACUGUGGAACAACACCAAACUGUAGAACCAAACUGUACUGUAGAACCACACCAAACUUCACUGUGGAACCACACCAAACUCUACUGUAGAACCACACCAAACUCUAGAACCACACCAAACUGUACUGUAGAACCACAACAAACUGUAGAACCACACCAAACUCUACUGUAGAACCACACCAAACUGUACUGUGGAACCACACCAAACUGCAGAACCACACCAAACUGUACUGUGGAACCACACCAAACUGCAGAACCACACCAAACUGUACUGUGGAACCACACCAAACCAACUGUACAGUAACUUGAGGGAAUCAUUUCACUACUGUAAUUUAAGGAUAGAAUCAUUUCACUACUGUAAUUUAAGGAUAGAAUCAUUUCACUACUGUAAUUUAAGGAGAGUAUAAUUUCACUACUGUAAUUUAAGGAGAGAAUCAUUUCACUACUGUAAAUUAAGGAGGGUAUAAUUUCACUACUGUAAUUUAAGGAUAUAAUCAUUUCACUACUGUAAUUUAAGGAGAGAAUCAUUUCACUACUGUAAUUUAAGGAGAGAAUCAUUUCACUACUGUAAUUUAAGGAGAGAAUCAUUUCACUACUGUAAAUUAAGGAGGGUAUAAUUUCACUACUUUAACGUCCAAUGCUCUGCUAUCCCUCGUGUCUAUUGCCACAUUGCCAUUGUCCCAGUCCACACUGUAAACAGAAGAGUAUCAGCCUCUCCUACAUUAGCUUUGAUUAUAGAGUAAACCCUUGUUUGUAAAGGGUCUGUGUGUCUAAGCAAAAUGUGUUCACACACCAUUGGGUUUCAAUAGUGGGGGGUAUUUGGAACCUCCUCUAUAGAGUCUAGCGGGCUGGAUGCUUCGAUCCUUUUUGGUUCGGUGGCUAACAGCACUGAGGGGUUACAUACGGCUGGUGUCGUCUUGAUGUGAACAGAUAACAGGGACUUCAAUCAAAUCUCCCUCAAAUCCCAUUUCGUGCCGUUUUUCCAGGCAGGACUAAUGCUGAACCUUUGACAGGGCCGCUCUAAUCAACAUCUCCAAUCUCGUCUCAUUGAUUGGACUCCAGCAGGGGCUGGAUCACCAGAGAGAGGAGGACUACCAUGCUUCCCUGCUGUGCGGUCAGGGCGUGCCAUGUGCUGGUGCUGGUGCUGUGUCUGUCUGCGGCUGAGGACUUCGACUGGACAAAGAACGACCGCGGCUCCUUCUAUUAUGGGACUUUUCCAGCUGGAUUUUCGUGGGGUGCCGGCAGUUCAGCCUAUCAAACCGAAGGAGCCUGGGACCAAGACGGUAAAGGACUGAGUAUCUGGGACGUUUUCUCUCAUAAGAAGGGCAAGAUACUGCAGAAUGACACCGGAGACUCUUCCUGCCAGGGAUACUACAAAAUCAAGGAGGACAUCUCCCUAAUGAAAGAACUGAAGCUGGCCCACUACCUCUUCUCCAUCUCCUGGCCCCGCAUCAUGCCUACCGGGAUCAAGUCUGACCAUGUGAACGAGAAAGGGAUAAAGUACUACGAUGAGCUGAUCGACAACCUGUUGGAGAACAAGAUCACUCCCAUCGUUACUCUGUACCACUGGGAUCUACCUCAGGUCCUCCAGGAGAAGUAUGGAGGAUGGCAGAACAUCAGCAUGGUGAACUACUUUAACGAGUUUUCCAACCUGUGUUUUGAGAGAUUCGGAAACAGAGUGAAAUACUGGAUCACCUUGAACAACCCAUGGGCGGUGGCGGUGGAAGGAUAUGAGACUGGUGAACACGCUCCUGGACUGAAGCUGAGAGGAACAGGGGCCUACCGGGCCGCGCAUCACAUGAUCAAGGCCCAUGCUAAAGUCUGGCACACCUAUGACACGAAGUGGAGAGGAAACCAGAAAGGUCUGGUGGGCAUCUCUCUGUCUGGAGAUUGGGGCGAACCGGUAGACAUCAGUAACCAGAAGGACAUCGAGGCAGCAGAGAGAUACCUCCAAUUCUACAUGGGCUGGUUCGCCACUCCCAUCUUUCACGGGGACUACCCUCAGGUCAUGAAGGACUUUAUUGGUCGUAAGAGUGCCCAGCAGGGUCUGGGUACGUCCCGUCUCCCCACCUUCUCUUCCCAGGAGAAGAGUUACGUUAAGGGUACCUGUGACUUCCUGGGUAUCGGUCACUUCACCACGCGCUACAUUACCCAGAAGAACUACCAGUCGGGUCGCGGAAGCAGCAGCUACUUCACUGACAGAGACCUAGCGGAACUGGUGGACCCCCGCUGGCCUGAUCCUGGAUCAGAGUGGCUCUACUCUGUCCCCUGGGGGUUCAGACGCCUGCUCAACUUCGUCAAGGCCCAGUACAGAAACCCGAUGAUCUACGUGACAGAGAACGGGGUGUCAGAGAAGAUCAGGUGCACUGAGCUCUGUGAUGACUGGAGAAUACAGUACUACAAGGACUAUACCAACGAGAUGCUGAAAGCCAUCAAAGACGGAGUGAACGUACGCGGUUACACGGCCUGGUCUCUGCUGGACAAGUUUGAGUGGGACGAGGGCUACUCGGAAAGGUUUGGCCUGUACUACGUAGACUUCAGGAACAAGAACAAACCACGUUACCCAAAAGCCUCGGUUCAGUACUACAAACGAAUCGUCGGCUCCAACGGAUUCCCCAACCAGAGAGAGGUAGAGAACUGGAAGAGGAAGGCCACAGAGACCUGCUCUUCCAGUAACCAGCUCCUGGCUGCAGAGGAACAGCGGAGUACUGCUGCCAAUAUACUAAGACUCAUACAUGACCCCCUGACCAGCCAUAUGGAGAUGGUAACAGAGGUCGUGGUCCCCACUGUGUGUACCUUAUGCAUCCUCCUCUCCGCUGUCUUCCUCAUGUUCCUGCUACGGAGACACAACUAGAUACACUACUACUACUAGAUACACUACUACUACUACUACACACAACUAGAUUUACUACACACAACUAGAUAUACUA